CGCACGCGCUGGAAAGCACUAACCCUCUGAUUUGCCGCUUCGUUAAACCAUCAGUUUCACCUGGAAGACUCUAAGCUGAAGACAAUUGGAUUCUGAUUGGGAGAAUAACUUUUUGGGACAAAUCUUGUAGUAUUUGGAAUAAACACAACUAUUUUUAAAAGGAGUGUUUCCUCAGAAAUAAGAGAAGAGGACGUUUCAUAUUGGAACAAUGUAAGAUAAUAGCAGCCUUUGAAGGCUAUUCUGGAUUUUUAAACCCCUUUGGUGCCCUGGAACUACAGUGGGAACUAACGGGCAUUAUUCAGCAGCCCCUCUGAGUUUUUCCUUAUUUUCAUUUGUUUUGCUCAAUAUACCAUUACAGUCUCUUCGUUCAGAAGAAUGCGUUUUGUGGACUUAUCCUAGCCAAGCUUUGGAAUUGGUGAAUGCCCUAUGAAAGCACCAAGCCCUGACCACUGACAUUAUGCGUCAAAGGGACUGUUAACUUAUUCAAGGUUCGUCUGAAUCUCUGGGUCAGCUGAUGCAGCCAUGGGUGGAUCACUGGAUCUCUGAGAGUGACUUUUACUCCCCCUCCUCUUCCUCCUCUUCCCCCUCCUCCUACACCUCCUCUUCCCUUGUGCUACAGAGUAGGAAGUGGAGCCCUGUUAUUCAUGCCUGGCCUGCAGUCGAGUCACACGAAGCCACCUACCAACCUGUGGUACCUGCACCCCCAUCCUGUGUGUCCUCUGAAAACCAUGACAAGAAUUGUUUCUUUGAUACCUGGCCGGGCGAGUCGGCCGCUCCCAGUGCUGCUGCUGUAUAUUUCCUCUCUGCUGCUGAUGGAGGGCUGGUGCUCCGCAGCCCCCUCAGGGCCAGAGUCAGACUCCUGCUCCACGCUGGUCCAGAGCCGCUUCUUCGGCUUCUUCUUGUCCUCCUCAGUGUUUCCCACGGUGCCUUGCUCCUGGACCCUGCAGAACCCUGACCCGCGGCGCUACACUAUCUUCAUCAAAGUAACCAAGCCCACUGAGGACUGCGUCCCGUCGCAGUUCCGAACCUUCCAGUUUGACUCCUUCCUCGAGACCACGCGCACCUACCUGGGAAUGGAGAGUUUCGAUGAGGUGGUGAGGCUGUGCGACACCUCCACCCCUGUAGCCUUCCUGGAGGCCGGGAAACAGUUUCUCCAAAUGAGGAAAGGCCCUCCACGGCUGGGCAUGGCCAUGACAGAUGGUGAUGGGGACUUCAAAACAGAGUACCUAGUAGUGGGCAAGCGCAACCCCAGCAUGGCUGCCUGUCAGAUGCUGUGCCAGUGGCUGGAGGACUGCCUGGCAUCCAGCACCUCUAAUAGGCCCUGUGGCAUCAUGCAGACGCCCUGUUUGUGCUGGGAACCGCCGCCACAGCUCAGCGAGGGUGAUAGGUGUUACCACAAUGGAGUGUACUUGGAAAACUGUUUACCCAACGUCAAAGAGAGUGGAAAAGAUGGCGAGAUGAGUGGUGGCUGGAGUGUGUGGAGCCAGUGGGCAGAGUGCAGUAGUGAGUGUGGAGGCGGGGUUCAAACUCGGACUCGGACCUGCCAGUCACCCCCAGAGGAGUCCUACCUGUGUGAGGGUGUAGUGGAGGAGGGCCGGCCCUGCAACCCACAGCCCUGCACCGGCAAAGGCCGUCAUCUUUCUCGCAGCCAAUCACUUCGCUCGGUGGACAGCCGCAAGCGUGAUGACGUAGACAAGCCCCGCAGUGGACAGCAGAACUCUCAGACAGACUCAACGUCAGGUGAGGAGUGGUCGGCGUGGAGUGUGUGUUCUGCCACAUGUGGGGAGGGCUGGCAGAGUCGCACUCGUUUCUGUGUGUCCUCCUCCUACAGCACCCAGUGUAGUGGGCCACUGCGAGAGCAGAGACCCUGCAACAACUCUGCUGUCUGUCCAGUGCACGGCACUUGGGAUGAGUGGUCGCCAUGGAGUUUGUGUUCAUCCACGUGUGGCCGAGGUUACAGGGACAGAACGCGCACCUGCAAACCCCCUCAGUUUGGGGGAGACCCCUGUGAUGGGCCAGAGAAACAGACCAAGUUCUGCAACAUUGCUGUCUGUCCAGUUGAUGGAGUGUGGAAUGAGUGGUCCAGCUGGAGCUCCUGCUCCACCUCCUGCUCCAACGGGACCAUGCAGAGAACCAGGGAGUGUAACGGCCCCUCAUAUGGAGGCUCCGAGUGCCGAGGAGAGUGGCUGGAGACUGUCGACUGCUUCCUUGGGGAUUGCCCAGUGGAUGGCAAGUGGCAGCCCUGGUCGUCGUGGGCAGGUUGUACCAAGACCUGUGGCGGGGGGAGCCAGCAGAGACAGAGGGUGUGUUAUGGGCCAUUUUUUGGUGGCCAGUCUUGUCCUGGUGACCGAGAGGAGGUUCGCCGCUGCAAUGAAAAGAGAUGUCCAGAGCCCCAUGAAAUUUGUGGGGAGGACAACUUCUCCAAUGUGGUAUGGAAGAUGACUCCAGCUGGGGAUACAGCGGCAGUGCGCUGCCCUCCAAAUGCCAUGGGGCUUAUCUUGCGCCGCUGCACCCUGGAUGAGGAGGGCAUCGCCUACUGGGAGAAUCCCACCUAUAUGAAAUGCAUUUCCAAUGAUUACCGCAGUAUCCAAACUCUGACUCGGGAACAUCUGUCAAAAGCACAGCGUGGCCUGGUGGGUGAUGGAGUUUCGGAGGUGAUGACCAAGUUAAGGGUAACAUCCAGUGAUGGGACCAGCUAUAGCGGGGACCUGUUGGCCAUAGUGGACGUGCUGAAGAAUAUGACGGAGAUUUUCCGGAGGGCCUACUACAGUCCUAGUAGCGCAGACAUGAGGAACUUUGUUCAGUCUGUUAGUAAUCUGCUGAUGGAGGAGAACAGGGAGAGAUGGGAGGAAGCACAACUGCUGGGGCCAAACGUCAAGGAGUUGUUUCGCCUGGUUGAGGAUUUUGUGGAUGUCAUCGGCUUGAGGAUGAAGGAUUUUCAGGAUAUGUAUGAGGUCACUGAUAACCUAGUUUUGAGCAUCCACAAGCGACCGGUGGUGGGUAAUGCUGAUAUCACCUUCCCUAUGAAGGGCUGGAGGGGAAUGGUGGAGUGGGCUCGCAGCUCAGAGGAUAGAGUCACUGUCCCCAAGAAUAUCCUGACCACUGGUAAGCCAGAUUCCGAUGACUCCUCGACUUUUGUGACUGGCAUUGUUCUAUACAGAAACCUUGGCAGCAUUCUAACUCUACAGAGAAACAGCACAGUGCUCAACUCCAAGGUUGUGUCAGUGACCAUCAAGCCCACCCCAGCCACCCUCUCAGCUCCCGUUGAAGUUGAGUUUUCUCACUUGUACAACGGCACCACUAACCACACUUGUAUAUCCUGGGACGAGAGUGACAGCUCCUCUCUGCUGGGAUCCUGGUCUGCCAGGGGCUGCAGAGCCGUGCUAGUCGACUCAUUCAGAACCAAAUGCGUGUGUGACAGACUGUCCACCUUCGCCAUUUUAGCACGGCUAAAUCCCGACAUGAACAUGGAUAAAACACAGCUCCCAUCUGUGACACUGAUUGUGGGCUGUGGAGUGUCCUCGCUCACGCUGCUGCUACUCAUCAUCAUCUAUGUAUCCGUGUGGAGGUAUAUUCGCUCGGAACGCUCAGUCAUCCUCAUUAACUUCUGCCUCUCCAUCAUCUCAUCCAAUGCCCUUAUUCUCAUUGGACAAACACAGACAAGGAAUAAGGUGUUAUGCACCCUGGUAGCUGCAUUUCUUCACUUCUUCUUCCUGUCGUCGUUCUGCUGGGUUCUGACGGAGGCGUGGCAGUCCUACAUGGCGGUGACCGGCCGCCUCAGGAAUCGUAUCAUACGCAAGCGUUUCUUGUGUCUUGGCUGGGGUCUCCCUGCCUUGGUUGUGGCAAUCUCAGUGGGAUUCACCAAGGCAAAAGGAUAUGGAACACCUAGCUACUGCUGGUUGUCUCUGGAAGGAGGUCUUCUCUAUGCAUUUGUUGGACCUGCUGCAGCUGUAGUCUUGGUUAACAUGGUUAUUGGGAUUCUCGUUUUUAACAAACUGGUGUCCAAAGACGGCAUUACUGAUAUGAAACUGAAGGAGAGGGCGGGGGCUCUUCAGUCAGGAACACAUCAGUCUCAGAAGCCCCCUCCCAUGUCAUCAGUGAUUGGUCAGAUGACAGUGCCACUGUACAAUAUGACGCUCAAAUGUGCCAAGUGCGGAGUUAUCUCUUCGGCUGACGUUUCCACCACAGCUACCAGUAACGCCAUGGCGUCGCUGUGGAGCUCCUGUGUGGUUUUACCCCUACUGGCGCUCACAUGGAUGUCAGCCGUCCUGGCUAUCACUGAUCGGCGCUCGGCCCUCUUCCAGAUUCUCUUCGCUGUCUUUGAUUCACUGGAGGGCUUUGUCAUCGUCAUGGUGCACUGCAUCCUGCGCAGAGAGGUUCAGGAGGCAGUCAAGUGUCGUGUGGUCGACCGCCAGGAGGACACUAAUGGAGAUUCGGGAGGAUCUUUCCAGAAUGGCCAUGCUCAGCUCAUGACUGACUUUGAGAAAGACGUUGAUAUGGCUUGUAGAUCAGGUACCCUAAAGCGCUCAUCUCUUCAAGGAGAGGAGAAGGCCUCUUCUGGGACUCUAACCCUUCAAAAAGGCUCCAACUUUAACACCAUGCCGGCCAGCAUGGCCAAGGUUCAUCUCCAGAAUGUGGCUGACUAUACCAGCCACACUCUGACACUGCGCAGGGAGAAAGGCGCCACCAAAGGCAUCAGCACCGAGUUGCCAGGUGCCAAGUCCAUCUACAUCUGUGAUGGUGAGCUCUUCAAGCAGCUAGAUGGAGAGCUACCUCGAGGGAAUGGGGAGGGCAGUGGCACUGAGGGCACCGGCACCAGCCCGGGAUACGUCAUUCUUCCGACCAACAACACGGGCACUCUUAAGCCGGCCAAGGGUAAAGAGGAACAGACUGCAAAGUACAACAUAAGCAUCGAACAGCUGCCCCAGACCAGACUCAUCCACCUGGCCAACCCUGCCAGCAGCGAACCAGUGCCCGGCUUCGGGCUGAAGAGCCUGCCUGCUGACCAGGUCAGUGUGUCCUGCUCAGAGAGAGACUCACCUGUCCACAACCUGCAGAACAUGUCCAGAGACUCCCAGGUGGCCAACAACAUGUGUGACGGAGGAGACUCUGGGAACUCUGGUAUGAUGUCCAAGAGCGAGACCGUGUCCACACUGUCCAUGAGCUCCCUGGAGAGACGAAAAUCACGCUAUGCUGAGCUUGACUUUGAGAAGAUAAUGCACACCCGGAAACGCCAUCAGGACAUGUUCCAGGACCUGAACAGGAAGAUUCACAGUGCAGACAAGGAUAGAGAAUCUCCGCCUGUUGAUGCCAAGGCUGCCAAAAGAUGGAGUGUGUCCUCCACCAGCAGUGACAAGACCAACAUGAGUGACAAGCAGCAGACACCCAGUAAGAGGGCCUGGGAAGGCAUCAGGAAGACUCACUCCCCCCCAUCCUGGGUGAGGAAGGACCUGGAGGCGGUGGCAGCCUCCCCUUUAGAGAUGCAGACGGUGGAGUGGGAGAAGACCAGCGCCACUAUUCCUCUGGUGGGCCAGGAGAUCAUGGACCUUCAGACUGAGGUGUGACGGAGCCAGCAGCCCCCGCAGCACCCAACAUCCUAUCCCCAUGCUCUCAGACAAACAUGCAGACACACCACACACACUGCCCUGCUCUGUAUUUCUACAUAAGGCCGGACCAAGCCAACUGGGUAAAAGGUGAGAGGGGAGGAGAGCACAGAGGAGAGAGACAGUCAUGAACAAAGCAUCACAAAAUGAGAGACAGACUGAAAAAAAAAGGAGUAGAUUCAUUAGAGAACGGGUGUGCAGUGACUCUUUCUAUGUUGUUUCAUUUGAUGUCGGAGCAGAUUAUUUUAUCAGCGAAUUCUGUCCAAAAAAACAAACAAACAAACAAAAACUGAACACUGGUCAUCUUCAUAUACACAGUCUUGGGCAUCAAGUUGGCACACAUGGAAGACAGGUUGCCAUUGCAGAUGAUUCAGCUACUGUAUGUGUAUCAUACAGUGAUGUAAUAAACAGCAUAACAAAGGUAAUCAUACCGUGUUUACCCCUUGUAUUAAACGGUUAUAAUGUGAUAAUCAUGAUAAUGUCUCCUAUUUUUUUCACUGUAUUGUUGCAUCACUUAUGCUCUCUCCCUCUCCUGAUGGACCUUGAUGGUGGAAAAACGGGCAUUUUCUUCUUCUUCACAAUUCUGAAAGGAAAAUGACCAAGGGCUCUGAGCCCUUAAAUACCCAGGUGAUGGAGGAGGCAGACCCCCCACGCCCCAUCACCACCACCUAACCUCAGCCCACUUUAUCCCUCCUCCUGCCUCUCAGAGUCCACGAGCAACAGGGAGAAAUCAGUGACAUCACUCUGAGCCAAAAUGGCAAGUUGCCUUUCCAUUGGUGGACACCACACAAACAGCAGAGCAGGCCAGCAGGCUGACACUCUAACCUGCCCUCAACCUCAACGGCAUCACGGUGAGACGGCACGGCUCCCAUCCUCAGCCUGUGCAGAGAGAGCCAAGGUGACCACUAUGUGCUGUUGGGAUCAGCUGCUUGAUGUACAAGCAGGCACUGAGGGAAGACGGUUCUCAUGUCUUGAUGAGUGAGGGAGCGUGCAUGUGUGUAUGUGUGUGUGUGUGUGUGUAAAGAGCUAUGUUGGAAGAUGAGUAAAUGAGUAGAGCUAUAAAUAUAUAUGAUAUGAUGACUUCUUCGGGUUGGCGUGGCAGAGUCGGGGACUCCGAAGCGGACGGGGUGAUGGUUGCACACAGAGAAAGCACAAGGCUCUUUUGGAGUCCUGAUGUACAGCAUUGUAAUUAUUUCAACAGAGUUCUACAGAAUGGAUUUUAGCCUAUAAAUAUCUUUCUUACUGUGCUUGGGGAUAGUUGUUAUCAUUAUUAUAAAUAUGAACAUGGUUAUUCGGAUACUGAACCCUUCCCUCCCCCAUUCCCCUCCCUCUCUCCUGUCCUUUCAGGGUACUGGACUAAACAAGUGUUCUGUAUCGCAAAUGAAACUGUGUGUGUUUUGAUAUCACCACCGGUCACUCCCUGAGAUCUGUACUUGUCUAAGCCCUGACCUUCCAACCCCUGACCUUUGACCUCUGACCCUCAACCACCCACCCUCCACUCCAACACCCUCCUUACUCCCCUUCUUAUUUCACUGGGGUCGCCUCUUUGUUAAUGUACAGUUUUCAGAGCACAAAAUGAAUGUGUCAUAUU